AUAGAAAACACCGUUUUGAGACGAUUUUUUUUAAAACGAAAUUCCUCGGCGUAGAAACCGAUUGAUAACUAAAAGUCGAAGCGAAAAUAGUCAUUACCAUGCAACAAACUGAGAAGCACAAAACACAGAAGUACACGGCUGGGCGUUCGCCUUUGUGGUCCACAAAAUAUCAAACAGAUGUCAGAGAUUCUUCGGAUGCGAACUGGAAAUAUCUUCACAAACAUAAUUCGUCUGUUCCACCAAACAAAGCUAAUAGGAGACAAGUCAAUGCGACGGCCGAACCAGUAUCGAAUUAUUAUUUUACUAUGAAUUCCUACAAACAACCUAAACAUCACAAUUGCGAAUCUCCAACGCAUACAAAAUACACGACGUGUCAAAAUACAGAACCACAUCGAUGGACAUCGCACAAUCAGACUAAAAUUCCUCGGAACAAGUUUUACACUACAAACAACAAUAUCGCGAUCGUGAGAAGGUCUAAUUACAAUAAGAACGAGUUGGAGGAUGACGAGAAGGUAAGAUACGUUGAUGAGGAAAUGGGUAAUUUCACCGAAGAUAACAUCGAGGAGGAUGCAAUCGAGGAAGGUACUAGUGGUGAUCGACAUUUUGAAAUUUCAAAAUUUCACCAUAAGUUUCUUUUAAAAUAUUCAACAUGUUGUUGUAUAGUUGAGGACGAUCAGGAAGAAACAGCUGAGUCCGUCGAUAAGGAUUACGAAGAACACGAAGCAGACGAUGAGAUCGACGAAGAAUCCGAUUCACCUAUCUUGAGGUCACAAAAAUUGCAGAGACGACCUAAAAAGGAUGAAAUUUUACAAGAGCAACAAAGAUCAAAAUUAGUUAAGCAACAACAAGAUCCACGGAAGCUUCAUUAUCAACAAUACAUACAAAACUCAUACGAUAGUCAUCCGUCAAGAAGAAGAUACUACCACGACCUCGAUGAUCGCGACGCAACAGAAUUUUAUUCCGACAAGGAACCAAUAGAACCACCAACACCACCAAAAAAUUCUAUCAGAAGGUUAGGGAACUGUUAUCAACAUAGGACACCAUCUAGAAGUUCAUCCGAUCGCUACGAUACCAUUGCUUCUUUGAAUCAAUCGAUUCGCCGACCUCGACCUAGACAGGAUGUCGAAGCUCUGUUGCAUUCGGAAAAUAAUAAGAAAUGUAUAAGAUGUGGUGCACCUUCUGGUAACAGAUCUUCAACGACAAGUAAAAAGAACAGCUGCAGAUUUCAAGAACAUCCUAAUUUUAUUGUGAAAGAAUCGAUCGGCGACGAUAUGGAUGCCGUUGAAAAAAUUAUAUGCAGCCGUUGCAACGUCAAACACAAUUCCGAGGACAUUGAAAGACCUUACAGAUUAACAAGAUCAGCUUUGCAGACAUUAAAACCACGACGAUCGAAAGGCUCGAAAGGAAUUUAUGAAGUAUCGGAAGAUUAUCAGAUAAACGAGGAAAUUCCAAAUGAUUAUAUGACGAACAGAUAUUCGAGAGAUAUUGCUGCGAAUACCGUUCACGAGAGAACGAGACAUUCUGCGCCAACAGCGCGUGGACUAACCACCAAAUCGUCCUCUCGUUAUGACGCUUAAUAGCCAAUUUAUCACGAGGCUGUCCGCAGA